GACGUGGCCGGCCGGAAGCCGCCUGCGCGGAGCCGCCGCGGACCCUGUGUCGCUCGCCGCCCGGGUUUGCUCUCGCCUGCUGCGUCACGUUCUCCGCCGGCUCCACCAUGCUGAAGAAAUUCGACAAGAAGGAUGAGGAAUCGGGUGGAGGCUCCAACCCCUUCCAGCACCUGGAGAAGAGCGCGGUACUGCAGGAGGCGCGUGUAUUUAAUGAAACACCCAUCAACCCUCGGAAAUGUGCUCACAUCCUUACCAAGAUCCUUUACCUCAUAAACCAGGGAGAGCACCUGGGAACCACUGAAGCUACUGAGGCCUUCUUUGCCAUGACCAAACUCUUUCAGUCCAGUGAUCCCACACUCCGUCGGAUGUGCUACUUGACCAUCAAGGAGAUGGCUAGCAUUGCAGAGGAUGUCAUCAUUGUCACUAGCAGUCUCACAAAGGACAUGACUGGGAAAGAAGACAACUACCGGGGCCCUGCCGUGCGUGCCCUCUGCCAGAUCACUGAUAGCACCAUGCUGCAGGCUAUUGAGCGCUACAUGAAGCAGGCCAUCGUGGACAAGGUGCCCAGUGUCUCCAGCUCUGCCCUGGUGUCUUCCCUGCACCUGCUGAAGGGCAGCUUCGAUGUGGUCAAGCGUUGGGUGAAUGAGGCCCAGGAGGCAGCAUCCAGUGAUAACAUCAUGGUCCAGUACCAUGCGCUGGGACUCCUAUACCAUGUGCGUAAGAAUGACCGCUUGGCAGUCAACAAGAUGAUCAGCAAGUUCACUCGGCACGGCCUCAAGUCUCCAUUCGCCUACUGCAUGAUGAUCCGGGUAGCCAGCAAGCAGCUGGAGGAAGAGGAUAGCAGCCGUGACAGCCCCUUGUUUGACUUCAUUGAGAGCUGCUUGCGCAACAAGCACGAGAUGGUGGUGUAUGAAGCUGCCUCAGCCAUCGUCAACAUGCCAGGCUGCAGUGCCAAGGAGCUGGCCCCGGCUGUGUCAGUGCUCCAGCUUUUCUGCAGCUCACCCAAGGCUGCACUCCGCUACGCUGCUGUCCGAACCCUCAAUAAGGUUGCCAUGAAGCAUCCGUCAGCAGUGACGGCCUGCAAUCUGGACCUGGAGAACCUGGUUACAGACUCAAACCGCAGCAUCGCCACGCUGGCCAUCACCACACUCCUCAAGACCGGCAGCGAGAGCAGCAUCGACCGCCUCAUGAAGCAGAUCUCCUCUUUUAUGUCAGAGAUCUCAGAUGAAUUCAAGGUGGUGGUUGUCCAGGCCAUCAGUGCCCUAUGUCAGAAAUAUCCUCGCAAACAUGCUGUCCUCAUGAACUUCCUGUUCACCAUGCUGCGGGAAGAGGGUGGCUUCGAGUACAAGCGGGCCAUCGUGGACUGCAUCAUCAGUAUUAUUGAGGAGAACACAGAGAGCAAGGAGACGGGGCUGUCACAUCUGUGUGAAUUCAUUGAGGACUGCGAGUUCACCGUGCUGGCCACUCGCAUCCUGCAUCUCCUGGGCCAGGAGGGGCCCAAGACCAACAAUCCAUCCAAAUAUAUCCGCUUCAUCUACAACCGAGUGGUCUUGGAGCAUGAGGAGGUUCGGGCAGGUGCUGUGAGUGCCCUGGCCAAGUUCGGGGCCCAGAAUGAGGAGAUGUUACCCAGCAUCUUAGUGCUACUGAAGAGGUGUGUGAUGGACGAUGACAAUGAAGUCAGGGACCGUGCCACCUUCUAUCUCAAUGUCCUGGAGCAGAAGCAGAAGUCCCUCAAUGCAACAUAUAUCCUAAACGGUCUGAAUGUUUCCAUCCCUGGUCUGGAGAGGGCUCUGCAGCAGUACAUUCUGGAACCAUCAGACAAACCUUUUGACCUCAAGUCUGUGCCGCUGGCCACUGCCCCCAUGGCAGAGCAGAGACCAGAGAGUGCCCCAUCCACAGCAGCCAAGCAGCCCGAGAAAGUGGCAGCCACGCGGCAGGAGAUCUUCCAGGAGCAGUUGGCGGCGGUGCCAGAGUUCCAAGGUCUGGGGCCCCUCUUCAAGUCCUCGCCUGAGCCUGUGGCCCUCACUGAAUCAGAGACAGAGUAUGUCAUCCGCUGCACCAAGCACACCUUCACUAACCACAUGGUGUUUCAGUUUGACUGCACAAACACACUCAAUGACCAGACCCUGGAGAAUGUCACAGUGCAGAUGGAGCCCACCGAUGCCUACGAGGUACUCUGCUAUGUGCCUGCCCGGAGCCUACCCUACAACCAGCCCGGGACCUGCUACACACUGGUGGCCCUGCCCAAGGAAGACCCCACAACUGUGGCCUGCACGUUCAGCUGCGUGAUGAAGUUCACGGUCAAGGACUGUGAUCCCAACACAGGGGAAACGGAUGAGGAAGGCUACGAGGAUGAAUAUGUGCUGGAAGAUCUGGAAGUCACUAUAGCUGAUCACAUCCAAAAGGUCAUGAAGGUGAACUUUGAAGCAGCUUGGGAUGAGGUAGGGGAUGCCUUUGAGAAGGAGGAGACCUUUACCUUGUCCACCAUCAAGACUCUGGAAGAGGCUGUGGGCAACAUUGUGAAAUUCCUGGGACUGCACCCUUGUGAGCGGUCAGACAAAGUGCCAGAUAACAAGAACACGCACAUGUUGCUCCUGGCUGGUGUGUUCCGUGGUGGCCGUGACAUUCUCGUGCGCUCCCGGCUGCUCCUUCUGGAUUCAGUCACAAUGCAGGUGACAGCCAGAAGCUCAGAGGAGCUACCAGUGGACAUCAUCAUGGCGUCUGUUGGCUAAGAGGGCCAGCCUUCUCCCACUCUCCUCCCCAACACUACGCAGAAGCAGCGCCUUCCUUCUGAACCCAGUGGAAAUCCUGCCCCAGCCUCUGUAUUCACAACCAUUCAGAAUCAUUGAGGAUUUUUUGUUGCUGUUAAAUUCAGCCCCUGCCCCCCAGGCUGUGGGUGUGUAUGUGUGACAUUUUUCUUUUAAGUAAGGGAUGAUUGUGAUUUGACCUAGAACUUGCUGCCCUGCUUGCCAGGGAAGAGACCUUGCAAAUGAGUAAACUGUGCUCGCCUUGAAUUCAUCCCCAAAGAAACCGCCUGAUCCCAAUAAAUGAAUCAGCAUGUAUUUAUUGAA